CUCACCUACGGGGCAGAAACCUGGAGGCUUACGAAAAGGUUUCUACUUAAAUUGAGGACGGCGCAACGAGCUAUGGAAAGAAGAAUGAUGGGUGUAACGUUAAGGGAUAAGAAAAGAGCAGAUUGGGUGAGGGAACAAACGCGAGUUAAUGACAUCUUAGUUGAAAUCAAGAAAAAGAAAGGGGCAUGGGCAGGACAUGUAAUGAGGAGGGAAGAUAACCGAUGGUCAUUAAGGGUUGUGGACUGGAUUCCAAGGGAAGGGAAGCGUAGCAGGGGCGGCAGAAAGUUAGGUGGGCGGAUGAGAUUAGGAAGUUUGCAGGGACGACAUGGCCACAAUUAGUACAUGACCGGGGUUGUUGGAGAAGUAUGGGAGAGGCCUUUGCCCUGCAGUGGGCGUAACCAGGCUGAUGAUGAUGAUGAUGAUGAUGAUGAUGAUGAUGAUGAUGAUGGGAUGAUGAUGACGAUAAUAACCUUGCCAGGUCUGCUUCCGUUUACUUAAUUCCUAACAUCUGCUAUGAUGCGUGGCAGCCAAUUACCAGUAAAAAAAAGAAAAAAACAUGUUUUGCCUUUUCUUAACCUUCAGGGUGACACCUGUCAACUAACUUUGUUUUAAUGACUCUCCCGGAUGCGGAAAAACGGUGCGUGCCAGUUUAAACCCCGGUGAAAGUUCUUUCGUAGUGAUUCAGAGUUGGAAGGUACGUUAAGCGAAAAACAAAGGCGAGGCGGGGAGUCGGGGAACGGCUUCGGGUAAACAGGGAAGCACGCGGCGAGAGGCAGGGAAAGUGGGCGAGAGAGUGACAGAGGGAAACAGGGAGGGAGGGGGAGGGCGUCGCGCAUGCGCGGCAGCCCAGGCGCGUGCGGCCUCUUCUCGCGCGCUCGCCCUCCCGGGCUUGUUGCCCGUCGACCCGGAGCGCAGGCGACGUGCAUCUGCUUCCGGAAGUGCGACUGAGGUGCGCGGACUUCGCACGCGGAAACGGGGAAGUUUGCUCCGGACGGCGCGACACACGGAACAGAGAGAACGCGGGCGUACGCCAGGAAACGCACGGCGCGGUGAAAUUGGGCUUCUCGCCAGCGAGCUGAAUUUUGUCUUUUUUUUUUUUUGCGGAAAUCUCUUUCCCUGAUUCUUCUGGCUAAGGCGCCCACACUGAGAAGGCGCCCAUGCUGCUUUGCCGGCUCGGACUUACGGAGGAACGGAAGCCUAGCCUGUUUAAAAAAUAAAGUGUAAGUGGCGAGUGAUGGAGCCAUCAAGAGUAUCUGCUACUCCAUCUUUGAUUUGGCCCCACAGAGAAAGAGUGGUUACAGAUAGCGAACCAUCAACAUGUUCUUUAUUACUAUGAAGUGUAAGCACGGCGGCUAACCUCUUCAGUACGGCGGGGCUUGCAUCCGGUUUCCUGAAGGCAUACCAGCCGACCACCUCUGGCUUCACGGCCUUCGCUCGUUCUGCGGCUGGCCUGAAAGGCAAUGGGGCAAGACGCGGCCUUUCGAACGGCACUGCCGCCACCAUGCCAUAUGAGUUCGGAGAAAUCUUCGGUUCUGACAACGAGACGACGCUGGCGGGAGCGGCGACGGUCACAGCGGAUGAAGACGUGUUCGGCCCUAUCUACGCCAGUACACUGCGAAUCGCCCUUAUAACCACCAUGCUCGUUCUGUCGCUCUUCGGCAAUACAAUUGUGUGCUACCGUCUCCUGACGUCGCGGCGCCACAGGGUGUUCAAGGCUCAGGUACUGUUCCUCAACCUGGCACUGGCCGACCUUCUCGUCACUCUGGUUACCAUGAACUCUCAGCUGCUCUGGGAGAUCAUGGGACGCGUCUGGGCCGCCGGGGACGGCCCCUGCCGUGUAUUCAAGGUGAUGCAGACGUUCGCGCUCGUCUCCUCCACGUACAUGCUUGUGGGUAUCGCGGUGGACCGCCACUACGCCAUCUGCAAGCCGCUCGUGCCUGCUCCCAGACCUCGCUCCGUGGCCGCCAUCUGCUGGCUGCUCUCACUCGUUCCGUCCCUGCCGAACCUGUUCGUGUUCCGCGUGGUCGUGGUGCGAGACAAAUGCUACUGUGCCUCAGUCUUCUACAUCUAUCGGGAUUCCGCCAAAAUGGCCCGGCAAAUCUACAUGGCGUGCGUGUUCACACUCGUCUUCGUCCUUCCGCUGUGUGCGCUGGUAGGGCUCUACACUAGCAUCCUAAUCAGGAUGCGGAAGAUGGGCGCCGCCAACGCCAGAACGUCAGGAGGCGUUCGCAUAGGGCUUUCGACGACGUUGACAUCAAGGACAACGCCAACGACUACAACUGUCACCGAGAAUUCAAACCAAAGCACGCUGCCUAGAGCGCGUCUGCGGACUCUGAAGAUGGCGGUGGUGAUUUUUGUGGCGUUCCUGCUGACUAACUUGCCUUACAUGGUGCAAGAGAUGAUUUUAGCCUUCGCUCGAGACAUUUCGUUGGGACCUCACGUGGUGGCUGUGUUUGGCGUCAUCUCUGCCUCCAACAGCGCUGUUAAUCCAUACGUGUAUCUGGCCUUCAACGGCGGCGCAGCAGGCACCACUUGCGAUGCUCGCGUGCGCGGUUUGUGGCGUAGGCUUACGUGUUCUUCGGGCUCCAAACGCACGACCACCAUGCUUCGCACCUCGUUCUCAACGUUGCCUACUCGCCGCCGUAAGCGGCCAAUAACGGCGCAAGGGCCACUUUCUGAGCAGAAGUGCAGAAGUAACGGACAGCUCGGAGCACCGGAGAAAAAGAUGUGAGGAGCGAACGCAGAUCGCAGGUGGAGUCGUUGUGCUGUCGAGUUGGUAAUUUUCAGCAGCGCAUGGCAUAGUCACUUUAGGGUAGAGUGCCCUUUACCCAAUGCUAAUAUGUUGAGAGAUGAACUGGACUCGUUCGGUAGGUUUUUUUUUUCAGUAACUGUGAUGCAGUGUUUCAGCAGAGCGAUCAUAUGUGCAGUAUUUUGUGACUAGUGUAUUCAGGGACGUCUAUCAUUCUCGUAAGUAGGGACUGAGUGUGCUCGGGCUAGAACUGCGCCGAAUUGGGUGGUCACGGAGAAAGUGGUGGGGAAAUGGUGCGCACGAGACGCGUCAUGGAUGAUGUUAGUUUCCUGUAAUAUGCGUAUCGGAUGGUCAUGGACUGAGUGAGAGCUCUCGGGUCUGCUUAUCAUAAUAAGAAAUACUACACACUUUUCCAGACAAGGUACAACUUGAUGAAGAGACCAGUGUUAUAAAAUGAAGUGGGACAAAAAUGCGAUAGAUCUCCCUUGUCUGGCAAGCGCGUUCUUGCUCAUAGAAGCUUUUCGACACAUGCUUUAAGUACGCUUUAUUACAGGCUGCCAAGUGUACAGUAUCCGUGUUGGGCAUUGGUAAUUAAAUGAACUGCUCUCGUAUCCAACCGAGCUCUGGAAAAGGAGUGCAGAAUUCAUGUCGCAUGUCGGUAUGUGCCAGUACAAAAACUGAGACGUUGCUUGACAUCCUUUCGAAGGAAAGGCCUUCCAUAAAGGCCUACUUGCAAAUCCGAUCUAUGCGAGAAGGAUCCAACAGGUACGAUAAGAAAAUAUUACGCAUGUUACCCGGAUUAAUUAAUACACAAAUAUGUACCUCUGGGUCAGCUGAAGAGAUGUUCUUGCGGAAGGCGUUUCUACUAAGCUUUCGAGAAACAUUCACCUUUAGCACCGCCACCAGGAAUGUAGCGCAUCCUGCUUAGCUGAAUAAACCUUGACAAAGUAAAGAAAAGGAAAGACUAGGCUUAGUGGCAUAUCAUAAACAGCACUACUAGCAGAAGAAUGCGGCGCUGUGAAGUUGCAAAAGAAUGUGGAAGGCAGCGGAGUUCGGAAGAACGUUGCGUGUUGAGUAGAAGGCGUCGUGACGGCUGUGAUGAUAAUGCAAGUUCUGCAACGCCAGUACCUCUGCCCGCAUGAUUCGUUCCGCCAUGUGGUAAAAUUGGUACCGCUACGUCUCUGUGAAAGUAAUAUACGGCGCGAUGUUGAUGACGGUGAAGUUGUCCGAUAGUUUAAACAUGGAGCUCAUCUCAUCAGCUCAGCUCAUCUCGUAUAUUGAUACGACGAAAGUGACAUAGUCCUUCGUGAAGAGUAUUGUCAAUUAAUUUUAUUAUGCACGCUCGGCGGCUUACUCUCGUGUACAAAAGAUGGGUCUAUCACAUAUGCCUUCUUCGGCUUCACGCUGAGUAGCACUAAAGACAGACACUGUGCGUCAAAGGCGCUUGGGGAUCAGGGUGGUCUGAAGUCGCUUGAGAAACUCGUCUUGAGCAGCCACAAUACCUUACAGUUGACGUCCAGAGCUUGUUAGCAAAUCGUAACUUGGGAAUCGCCGACUAGCGUUAUUGAAGCGCAUGGACCACUUCUGGAGUCGAGGUAUCUCGAGGGAUAGUGAGAACUGGAAGUACAUCUAAAAGAGUUCAUGAGUUAAUGAUGCUGUAUAUGUUUUCGAAACAUAUUCAGGAAAAGUCAGAAAGCUUGCACUAUGAGUCAUAUACAAAAACUAGACCACGUGUUUACUGCACAUGUAGAAUACCUUUGCACCAAAAUACUUUGGACAUGUUUUCAUCAUUGUAGUAUCCUGUUACUGUUCUGCCUUAGUUGCGUACCCAAUUACUGCACCGUCAGUGGUGUAUGAUUUCAGCACGAGAAUGUUAACGGAAUAGUCAGUAUUUUGUCAACACAAGGUGGAGAUGUCAUAUACACAUAUUUUAAUGAUCAAAUAAACGGCCAGCAUUACACGA